AUGAAGAAUCUACCACUAGCUGAGACGGUCUGUUCUAUUUCUGAGCAGAUCUUGCUGUUAAGAAUUGUUCCUGAUGUCCAACUGAAAUCUAUUUGUGAUAAAGAAUGGCACUACUAUGUUGUCAACAUUGAGUUCCCAGUAGCUACUUUGUAUAUGGAUGGUACAACAUAUGAACCAUAUCUUGUAACUAAUGACUGGCCUAUUCAUCCCUCACACAUAGCAAUGCAACUCACUGUGGGUGCCUGUUGGCAAGGAGGAGAAGUCACAAAGCCCAGAUUUGCUCAGUAUUUCCAUGGCAGUCUUGCCAGUCUUACCAUACGACCAGGCAAAAUUAAGAGUCAGAAAGUGAUUUCCUGCUUGCAGGCUUGCAAGGAAGGUUUGGAUAUUAAUUCCCUGGAGAGUCUUGGCCAAGGAAUAAAGUAUCACUUCAAUCCUUCCCAGUCAGUCCUUGUUAUAGAAGGAGAUGACAUUGAGAAUAUAAAUCAAGCUCUCCAAAAAGUCUCCUAUAUCAACUCAAGACAGUUUCCAACUUCAGGUAUUCGUCGCCUUAAAGUGUCAUCCAAAGUCCAAUGUUUUGGUGAAGAUACCUGCAUUAGUAUUCCAGAUAUAGAUGCCUAUGUAAUGGUGUUACAAGCCAAGGAGCCCAAGAUUACAAUAACUGGAAUGGAUCACUUUGCAAGGCCUGCCACACAAUUUGAACAUGAAAGAGGGGUCAUUCUUUUACAGGAUGUCAGAAUUGUCAGCACGCUUUCUAAAAUGGAACAUCCCUCUGACCUGAAGGAAACAGUGACUAGAGCCCAUAAACCAGUUCUGUUAGAAAAAAUAGAUCACAAUCUGGAUUUUUGUGAUAUUUUGGUAAUUGGAUCAGAAUUGGAUCCCAAGCAAGAAUGUUUGGAAUUGGACAAGAAAGAUCUUCAAGGGAAACAUAUAGAAGCUACUAACUCUACAGCAGGAUAUUCAAUAUAUGGUGUGGAUACUAUGAAAAACUAUGAAAAAGUUUUACGGCAAAUUCGCUAUCGUAAUUGGGACACAUCUUCCUUUUCUGAUAGAAAGUUUAGAAUCAAAUGUUCAGAAUUGAAUGGGCGCUAUACCAGCAAUGAAUUCAAUUUAGAAGUUAAUAUUCUACAUAAUUCCAACUCUAAUUCCAUGGAGUAUGCAAAUCUUAUAAUAAAAGAGCCACAAUUUCUCCAAUCUGUCCAUCACCCAGAAGAAAGCACAAACAAUAUUCAAGGCUCAGUACUUCCAAGUAUGGCUACCAUCAUCAUUGUAAUCUGUGUCAGUGUUUUAGUCUUCAUCAUAGCUCUGGGGGUAUACAGAAUUCAUUCAACUUGCCAUCAUACUUCAAAGGAACAUGAAACUAAUAAAGAAAAUGAAAUGGACUGGGAUGAUUCAGCUCUGACUAUCACAAUCAAUCCCAUGGAAAAAUAUGAAGAACCUUGUGGAGAAGAAGAAAGUGAUGAGGAAGAAAUUGAAGAUGAAGAUGAUACAACCAGUACAGAGUCAGAUGAGACUGAAGAGGAAGAAGAGGAAGAAGCCAUUGGGAAUAAAGGAGACCAACAAAAUACAACCAGGCAAGAUCAGCUGGAAUGGGAUGAUUCUACAUUACCCUACUAGAAUUUUUAGUUUUCUUUCUCUUUUUUGUAUAAGCCAAUACUGUGUAUUUUGAGUCAAUCCUACUGAUUCAACCGUAUCUUGGAUCUAUGAAUUAAUUGACAGUUUAACUUCCUAUUGACUACAGUUGAUAAAACUGCAUUGUCUGAAUUUGAUAUAGUUGUAUCACAACUGCUCCCAAUAGUUGUUCCUUUCCUAAUAUGUGAGUAAUAGCACCUGGUAAAACACAGCAUCUAACUAUUAAAGAGUCACUUGUAAAAAGGACACCAAUCUGACAUUUGUUACUGCUUCUCUAGUUCCAUGAAAAACCCUAUUUCUUUUAAAUGUGUAUAAGCAAACCCAGUUCAUCAGACUAGAAAGAAGAUAGUCCAGGUUGCUUUUAAUUUUUUCCAAAGUUUACAUACAUAUAAACUCUUUUUGGGAUUCCUUUAACUCUGCCUUGUUAAAGAUCCUACUGUCAAAGAAAGAUGUACAUGCUACUCAGUGCACAGGGCAAAAUUCAUUUGCACAUAUCUUCAUUUUUCAUUUUUUUCUUGUGGCUAUUUGGCCUUUGCAGAGAGUUUCAAAAUAUACUAAAUUGUAUAUGUCUGUGCAUGUAUAAGAAUGCACUGCUAAUAUCCAAAGUUUGCAAAAAAGAAUUCUUCUCUAGUCCCUCAACUGAAACUUAGUUAAAAGGCAUGUAAAUCCUAUAACUGGAAAUCUUUGUCUAUGAUGGUUUUUCACUGCCACAGAGAUUAAGAAAUGUUUUCCUUUGUGUGAAAUAUAAAACUAGAGUGUUACUUGGGCUAAUACCUAGACUUUUGAUCUUUAAAGAAAGUAUCUUCUGAGAAAAUUUAAUUAUAAAUCAUCAUCCAAUUGCAGAAUUUUAUGACAGCUCUAUGCCAUCACAGAGUUUGCUUGGAAUUCAGACAUGUUCUACUGUAUAUGUAGGAAUUUAAAUAAUAUUUAUAAUCUCAGGAAAACCCACUCUUUUGCAUGUUUAAACUCUCAUAAAGCUCUGAAUGCAUUGUUACAGAUGGAAUAGGUGUUUGAUAUAGUCUGUGGAUUAUUAAAAUAAAUUCUAGGAGUCAAACAAGUAAUGCCAUAGGAAAAAAAAAUCUCAUCUAACUUUCAAAUCCUUCCCCCCCCUACCUGCUUUGUCAUGGAUCCUUCUCUUCACCAAAGAUGUUUUGUUUGAAAAAUAACAAUUAAACACAGAACUUAAAAGUAAAAAAAAAAAAAAAAAGCCUGGUAGCAUUUGAAAACUUUUGCUAAAGAAUAAUAUUGAGUAGUUUGCAUUUUUCCAGCUAACCACUAUAUUUUGAAUGUUGAUAAAUUUGUGUGCUUUCUUAUAUAUUUUUCUCAAUAUUUGUGGCUCUACAUUUGAAUGCCAAGUAUAUACAAACAUGAGCAUUUGAUGAAGAAGAAAAAUGUUUUGUAUUCAUAUUUUCUUAAAGAUUUGGGGCUCUUGUUCCUUUUUAGCCCAUGUACUGUUGAUAAAAUCUCAUUUCCAAAAGGUUUUAGCCCAACAGCAAAUAAAUUUGCAUAUAGAAUGGAUGUGAUGAUGUCCCUCUUGUGAUUACAUAACUCACUGUCAGGCAAAAAAGUAACAAGAGCUGAUUUUUAUGUUUGCUUUUUAUUUUUAUAAUUGCUUUGAAUGAGUAUCAUUUCAUCCUUUCAUGUAAAGAAUGCCUCAAUGUAUGACAACGUCUGAAACAGAAUAAGUACUAUCUGUGGCUUUGAAAGAGAUUCAAGUAUUACUUUUUUUCUAGGAAUACCUUUUAGUAAAGGGUAUCUAGGAAAUUGUCUGUACAAGUUCAGACUAUUGUCAUUACAGCCUACUAACUAACAGCAACUGCUUACAUUCUCCUAUUGGAUCUUUUAAUUAGAAAUGACAGAGGCUUUGUUUGCAAGAUAGCUGCUUUACCACUGGACCAUGUCCUGCUAUUGUGCAAAAUUUUACAUUGUUCUGAAUCUUGGAGGGCUAAAGUAAAUCUCUUUGAGCAAUUGCCUAUAUCUAAGGUAGUUCUCUUGCUUUGAAUAUAAUGAAAUUAGAUUAUUUUAUUUUUUCUCUGAAUGCAUAUGGAUCUUUCAUAACUGUGCUUUGAGAUCAGAAAUACAUUAAAGCAGACAGAUGAUGAUGAUGACAGUGAUGAUGAUGAAUCUAUCUAUCUAUCUUUCUAUCUAUCUAUCUAUCUAUCUAUCUAUCUAUCUAUCUAUCUAUCUAUCUAUCUAUCUAAAUGUAUGUGGCUCCUACUGAAUCCUAAUAGUCCAUGAACAUAUCCUAAAUUAAAAAUUAAAUAAUUUAAAUUUUUAGAAUGCAGGAAUAUUUCCUGUUCAAAGUAAAAUACAUGAUAAAGCUUAUUUUUGCUUAUUUAUUUUUGCUUAUUUAUUUUAACAACCUACUGAAUCAGAUGACAUUACUUGAUGUAAACUGGAUUAAACUUUUCUACAAUGUUUAUGUUUUACUUGAAAAACACACCUGCUCUACAACUCCCACAUUAGCUUUUAUCUGUUUGACUUCUAAGAAAAAUAUUAUUCAAACUGACUCUCAGUUUUAUAUCUUCACACUGGUUAUUUACUAUGUGGUACUCUAUCUGGGUGCAGUUUUACUCCGCAAAAUAAUAUAACAAGUAAAUCAAAUCCCAGAUAUUAAGGGCUUUACACCUAAAGUAACCUAAGAUUUUGAGUUCUAGUCUCACUUUAGAUAUAAAAACUGACUGGGUAACUUUAGGCCAGUCACACUCUUUUAGCCGAGUCCACCUCACAGGGUAGGGGUGCUAUCUUAAGGAAUUUUCCUUAGCUUUCAUGGCCAUACUCCUAACAUACCAGAAACUAUUUCUACAUUUUUACUUAUUUUGUGUGAGUUAGGAAAACACAAGUGGCAUUCUAUCUCUGUCUGUUUAGAUGGGCUAAAAGGGUUUUUUUUUUUUUUUUUUUACUUUUAGUAGAUGUAGUACUGAACUGUCAAUUUUCAUUUUAAAUUUAUUUAAAACUGCCAACAUUUUUACUGUGUUGACCACUACCAAUAAAAGUGCUUGAGUGAAAUAAUAAUAAGACAAAUGUUCCACCCUCACCAUCAAAUGGUGAGAAAUAGUGAAAACUGAAGGAAUCAAGAUGCCCUGUGGAAAUAUCAAAAGUCUGUAUGAGGACAAUUACUACAAAUACCUGGGCAUCCUUCAGGCUGAUGACAUCAAGCACAAUGAAGUCAAGAAAUAGGUUAGAAGUGAAUACAUCAAGAGAAUGAAGAAGAUAUUAAAGUUCAAACUCAGUGGAAGAAUUACCAUCAAGGCAAUUAAUACUUGGGCAAUUCCAGUCAUUAGAUAUAUAGCUGGAAUAGUGGACUAGACUUAAUCAGAACUAAAAGCUAUGGAUAUGAAGACCAGAAAAAUAAUGACAAUGAAUCAUGCCCUUCAUGCAAAAAUGUUACAGACUGUUGUUACCAAGAAUUGCAUGGGAAUUGCAUGGAAUGUUGCAAGUAUAUCAAGUGGUUGCAGAAGAAAAAAGGGCAUUGGAAGAAUAUCUGAAGGACAGUGAAGAGGUUUCACUGAAGCUACCAUACCAGGAAGGUUUACUUAGUAUUUGAAAGACCAAACUGUCCUACAAGAAAGAUGAAAUGAAACAUAGAAAAGAGACAUGAGAACACAAACUAUUGCAUGAUCAAUAAAAUAGCAGGCGAGGAAGAUAAUGCCAAGACCUAGCAGUGGCGAAGAGUUGGGAAGUUGAAGAAACAGACAGAGGGGCUAAUUCUGGAUGGGCAAGACCAAGCCUUAAAAACAAAUGCAUACAAAGUCAGAAUAGAGAAGAUGGCAACAGACAGCAAGUGUCGCUUUUGCCAAAAAUUGAAGAAAAGGUGGUCUACUUGGCAACUUGCUGCAAGAAGACUAAACAGACUGACUAUAAACAACAGUAUGACAAACAAUGAUGCAUUGGAAGAUGUUUAACUGAUGGGAUUACAAAAUAGGGAAAGUUAUAGAAAAUGAAGAAGCUAAAGUGCUCUUGGACUUUAGAAUAAAAAUAGAUAGGCAUCUGCCACAGACUUUUUUUAAAAAGUUUUUUAUUUAAUAGUUAAA